AUGGGUAUUCUUGAGCAGAAUCCUUAUACCAAAGUUUUCAAGUCUUUAAGAGAGCUUUCUAAUCUAGAUGACCAUAGCAUAUUUCUUAAUUCCAAUCUGGGCCUUGACCAACAGUUAUAUAAUAUGCCGACAGCUUCAGAAGUCGUUGCAAUAUGGACAGAGCAUGAUAGUGAAACCUUAGAGGAGGGCACCAACAUACAGGUUUAUAGUCAUGCAAAUACAAGCCAUAGAAUCCAACACUAUUUUGCAUGCUACGACUCUCUGCAGUACCCACUGUUGUUUCCCAGAGGUGAAUCUGGUUGGCACUACGGUAUUCCAAGAAACACUACUGCUAAUAAAAGAAAAAGGGAAGAAACUGAUGAUCACAGCCUUGUUGCUUUACCUAAGAUAGGAAAUGCUAUUGAUCUUAUUCAAAAGGAAAAUGAAGAUAGCAUCUCUUCUGAUCAGACUAACGGCAGUAAAGUUGGGCGCCACGUUUAUCUUCCAUCUUCCUUUAUUGGUGGCCCAAGGGACAUGAGACAGAGGUAUAUAGAUGCUAUGUCUUUGGUCCAGAGAUUUGGUAAGCCUGACAUAUUCAUUACUAUGACUUGCAAUAGGAUGUGGAAAGAAGUACAGGGCAACCUAAAGUAUGGAGAAGAGGCUCAAGAUAGACCUAAUUUAGUUUCAAGAGUGUUUAGAGCAAAGCUGGAAUUAUUAAAAGCUGAACCAGAAUAUAAGCCCCUCAAUCUUGAAGCUUAUGAUAUGAUAGUUUCGGCCGAAAUACCGGAUCCUUCUAAGCAACCACAUUUAUACUUUCUGGUUAUGAAGCACAUGAUGCAUGGUCCAUGUGGUUCAUUAAAAAAGGAUAAUGUUUGUAUGAAAGAUGGGGUGUGCAAGAACCAUUAUCCAAAGAGUUUUAGUGACUACACAACUUAUACAGAGGAUGGUUAUCCUCACUAUAAAAGAAGGAUGGAUGGUCACUAUGUAAGAGUGAGGAAUCAUUUGUUGGAUAAUAGGUGGGUUGUUCCGUACAGUCCGUAUCUUCUGGCUUUGUUUGACUGCCAUUUGAAUGUAGAGAUAUGUUCCACUAUUAAGUUAGUUAAGUAUCUUUACAAAUAUGUUUAUAAAGGGCAUGAUCAUAUGAGCUUUUAUAUCCAUUCUGAAAAUACCUUUGAAGAUGUAGAUGAAAUUUUAGACUUCCAGUCUGGCCGUUGGGUGGCUGCUGUAGAGGCUUUUUGGUGGAUAUUUCGAUUUACUUUAAACGAAAUAACCCCGAGCGUCUAUGCAUUACAGGUUCAUCUUCCUGGAGAGCAAAUGGUUUCUUUUCACAGAAGAACCAAUCUUGUUGAUUUAGUUGCUGAUGUUGACUUCUCAAAAACGAUGCUGACUGAGUUCUUUUAUAUGAAUCAGACAAAUAAAGAUGCUCAGAAACUCAAUCUCCUUUACAAACAAUUUCCUGAGUUUUUUGUAUGGAGCCCAGACAAGAAACGGUGGUCUAAAAGACAGCGUCGAAAAGUUGUUGGAAGAUUGGUGACCGUUAGCCCAGCAGAAGGAGAGAGGUAUUUCUUGAGACUGCUUUUAUCCUGUGUCUGUGGCCCUACUUCGUUCGACCACUUGUUGACUGUUAAUGGAGUCCGUAUGGCUUCUUAUAGAGAAGGCGCUUUCCAAAUGGGUCUGUUACAAUCUGAUACGUAUACCAAAGACACCCUUGAUGAGGUUGCUACUUUUCAGAUGCCUUCUUCACUUAGAAACCUGUUUGCUGAGAUCAGUAAAUCUUUGGAGCAAAUGGGUAAAAGCAUGGAUGACUUUCACUUGGUUCCUGACUACCUUGGUGUUACAUUAGAUCAACGGAUUACCAAAGAAAUUGAAACUGAAAGCAAUAUUCAGUUCACAGAGGAGGAUCUGCUACUGUCUUCGAAGCUUAAUGCCGGUCAGAAAUUUGCCUAUAGCUCUAUCAUGAAACAGGUUUUCUCACCAAAAAAACAAAGUUUUUUCAUCGAUGGGCCAGGUGGGAUAGGAAAAACUUUCCUUUAUCGGUCAAUACUUUCUAUUUUGCGUUCUCAAGCCUAUAUAGCCAUUGCUGUAGCAUCGUCUGGCGUUGCUGCCUCUAUACUUCCUGGUGGGAGGACUGCACAUUCACGCUUUAAGAUCCCUCUUGAUAUAUCAGGAAAUAAGUCUUGCCAAGUUAGUAAGCAAAGCUCGACCGCUAAGUUGCUUAUAGAGGCCAAACUUAUAUUGUGGGAUGAAGCUUCAAUGGCUAAGAAGGAAACAAUCGAAGCAUUUGAUAUGCUUCUCAAAGACAUAAUGGAAUGCGAUGAUCCUUUUGGUGGCAAGCUGGUGGGUUUUGGAGGUGACUUCAGGCAGACUCUACCCGUGAUUAAAGAUGCAACAAGAGAUGUUUUAGUUCAGUCAAGUUUUGUCAACUCGCAUCUAUGGACUGCUUUGCAGACGAUUACUUUAUCAGAAAAUAUGAGGGCUGUCAUGGAUCAUUCUUUCUCUGAAUUCUUACUACGGAUAGGUGAGAGACACGAACCAGAAGACGAAGAUGGCAAAAUAUCUUUAUGUAAGGAUAUGACAAUCCCUUAUGAUGGAAAUGAGGCUUCUCUUAACAGGUUAAUCGAAUCUAUUUUUGGUGAUCUAAAUGUGUAUUCUUCGGAUCCAUAUCAGAUGAUUAAUCGGUGUAUUCUAUCAGGAACAAAUAAUGCUGUUGAUGAUGUUAACCAGCUCAUUAUUGAUAGAUUUCCUAGAGAUCUGCAUACUUAUAUAAGUUUUGACAGAACUCUUAACGAAAGAGAUUAA